AUGGAAGAGACUUUCAAUCCUCAGGCUGGUGGCUGGUCUGAGGCUACGUUGCUAUCUGCAUGGGAAGAGCUGCGCCGCAUUGUAUCAGAACACUGCCACCCUCCACAGCAGAGGGACAAGGCGCUCAAGCUCAUAGAAACCGUGAUGACAGAAGAGAGAAGGAGGAAUGCAUCCGUAGUUGACAGAGGCAUCCAGAAGGCUUUUGGAGGGGUGAAUGGCUCAAAUCCUUUUGGACUCGACUCUGUCUUGUCCAAGGACAACAGGGAGUGGGGUGGGAAAAAUGUUCUUGGGGUGUGGGGGAAUGCUUCAUCGCAAAACCAGAUCUUAGCUUCCUCGCUUCUAAAUAAGUGGGGUGGGUCUGUCAAUGAGAAUGAAUGGCAGUUCGGGCUGGGUAAUAUCGCAUUGGAUGGGGAUGACGCAGCUGACAUGAAAAGGCUGAACAUCGACAGUGGCCCGUCCGAAUUUGUGCGAUGGAACUCCGGAUCUGGUGGAGGUCUGGAUCUGGGUGAGCGACCCAUCAAUGCUGAAUUUGGACCAUCGUUUCUGAAUGCUGCGACUGGAAAUCAGAUAGAUUUUCCCUUCCCGCAGGUACAACAGCCAGUAAUCCCCUCUUCAAUCAACGUUCCUGAACAGCAACAAACUCCCUCGAUCAUAAUGCAAGGGGGCGGUGAGACUCAGAAGAAUGGACAGAGUGGAAUACAAUUCAUGUUCAAUCAGCAAAUGAAUCCAGUACAGCUGCACAUGCAACAACAACUUCAAUCCAAUGCAACUUCUUCUGGAUCAAGCAAUGUCGGAGGAAUCUCUCUUGCAAACAUUCAGCAAGAAGAAGAACAGCAGAAAGUACCAAAUUCUCAAGGAAAAUUUCCGACAAAUUCUGUGGGCCCUACUGUUACUGUACGGAAUCCGAACAACUCUGCUGGGGAAAAUGGUACCAAGAGGAGCAUGGAAGUUCCAAAGCGAAGCGAAGAUGCUCGUGUGGACCCGAAAAGAACAACAGAAACCACCAAAACAACCACCAAAACUGAAGGGAAACGAACUGAACCAAAGGGGAAAGGGGCCACCACAAAGGUCAAACUUCGGGGCUUGCCUUAUGGAGCAACGACUGCAGAUGUUCUGAAUUUCUUCAAGGGACUUGGGGUCCUUGAAGAAAGCAUCACGUUUGGCAUCAACUCUGAGGGAAGACCAAGUGGAGAAGCUUGGGUAUCCUUCAACAGGAUUGAAGAUGCAAGAAAGGCGGUACGUGAGAAGGACAGGCACCACAUGGGCGAUCGAUACGUGGAGCUCUUCCUCCUGAAUGAAUGUGGCGGAGUCGCCAGUCGUGCUCUCAAGUGA